AUGCUCUAUGGAGUGGUAGACAUCUUCACCCUGAGUACUACUGUUGAAAACAUGAAUCGUGGGGCAAAUGUAGCACAGCAGGUGCUACAUGUUGUACCAAAGGGAAAAUACAUACAUUUAAAUGGAACCAGUAUUGCCAUUGUGCAUGAGUUAUCCAAUGUCCAUUUUCUUCACACAGAGUAUGUUAAGAUUCACUGGCAGGAGGAUGCAUUUUUUGGAUAUCAGUUCUUAAAUGGCUGCAACCCAUACAUGGUAUCUCAAAGUCGCACACUGCCGAGAAAAUUUCCAGUCACAGAAGAGAUGGUCAAGACUUUGCUACCAGCUGGCACGUCUCUAAAAUUAGAGCUGGAGAAAGGAAAUAUAUUUCUGGCUGACUAUGAGGUGCUACAAGGUGUUCCUGCUAACAUUGUGAAUGGACGGCAGCAAUUUCUGACUACCCCUCUUUGCCUUCUCCACAAAACUGAAGAAGGGCAGCUGCUCCCAAUUGCUAUUCAGUUAAAUCAGACACCAGGCCCUCAGAACCCUAUUUUCCUUCCAUCCGACUCUGAACCAGAUUGGCUCCUGGCAAAGAUCUGGGUUCGGAAUUCUGAUUUCUUUUGCCAUCAGAUCCUUUCUCACUACCUGAAGACUCAUAUGCUGGGAGAAAUAUACUGCAUUGCCACCCUGAGGCAACUUCCAGAAGUACAUCCUCUCCACAAGCUUAUCAUAUGUCAUGUAUGGACAACUUUGCAAAUUAACAUUCAAGCCCGGAACUCUCUACUGGCUAAGGGAGGUGUAUUUGACAAGUCAAUUGGUUGUGGACUGGAGGGAGUAGGUGUGCUUCUUCAGAGAGGGAUGAGCCAGUUACAUUACAAUGACCUUUGUUUACCGGAUGACCUACGACAGCGGGGCUUGGAUCAGCUGGCCUCCUGCUAUUUUGCUGAGGAUGGUCUCAAAGUAUGGGGUGCUAUACACAGGUUUGUGGAGAAACUGCUGCAAUUUUUCUACCCAAGUGAUCUUGCUGUCCAGAAUGACAUAGAAUUACAAAGCUGGAUUAAGGAGAUUUUCACAGAAGGCUUCCUUGGUCAAGAGAGUAAAGGAUUUCCCCAAUCAUUCAAAACAACAGCAGAGGUUGUCAAGUUUGUUACGAUGGUUAUCUUCACCUGCUCAGCACAGCAUGCUGCAGUCAACUUCUCCCAGCUGGACUAUAAUAUUUGGAUGCCAAACUGUCCUGCCACAAUGGGAAAACCCCCUCCAAAAGUCAAAGGGGCACUUCAAUUGGAGGAUAUCCUCAGCUACUUGCCUGAUGUCAAUGCCACCUGCUCUGUUCUCAUCACUCUCUCCCUGCUGUCUUCUCCAUCAAAGGAUUUUAUUCCCCUUGGUGGCUAUCAUGAAGGCAUCUUCUCUGAGGAGACAGCCCAAAAGCUGAUCUUGGAAUUCCAGGCAGAGCUGGCGCACAUUGUCUCAGAAAUCAAGCAACGCACUACCAAGCUGGAAUUACCUUAUGACUAUCUUCGGCCAGAUCUGAUUGAAAAUAGUGUAUCCAUUUAAGCCAGCAGUUAAUGUUUUACUUUGAAAGAACCCUUUUGAAUGUUCCUUAUAUACCUUGAGGCAUACAUAGUUUUCAAAAUUUCUUCAGUUUGAUAGUUGAUUUAUUUAAAUAGAUAGAUUAUACUGAAGAGUGGCAGACAAGCCAGUGGCAAAACAUUAUUGUUGCUUUCAUAAGUGACAAAUCUCUCUUUUCUUUCAUAUAUAAUAUCACACCUUUGAUAGUGCUAUAAUCUUUUUUAAUAACCAAUAAAGGACUAAUUACCAAAAUAUACCAUAUUUUGAUGUGGGCAAAUUUGUUGGUUUGCCUGCAGCCUAUUGAAAAAGUGCUAUAUCCUUCCUGAAAAGUGUCAAAUGAAAGUAAUUUUCCCAUGUAUACCAACAUGCCUUUGAUACUGUAUGUCAUCAAGCAAAGCAAAGCAAGUGUGAAAAGAUAUCAAGUAUUGCUUAUUCUACAACAAUAUUCAUAAAUGGCCUGGAAACAUUUGCCCCUAGAAAAGAUCAUAAAUAUCUGCAUUUGAGUGUUUUUUAAACUAUCUCCCUAAAUGUGGCGGCGAGUGGAAAAUCAACCCCAGAAUGGGCACAAGGAUAGUGAGAAUAGUAGACAAAAAGCCAAGUUUUUUGAGGGUUUUGAGUGACAGUGAGCUCAAUGAAAGAAGACCCAAAAUGACACCACUGUUGAGUGAAAAACAUAAAAAUGCAUAUUGACAUAUUGACAAGCAGCAAUACUCCUAGGAGAAUGUCCUGUGGACAGAUUAAACAAAACCGGAGCUCUAUCUCCACAAACGAAAAAAUGAAGCUUUCAAAGAAAAGAAUACCUACUGAGAAUCAUGGAGGGGACUUUGUUAAGUUUUGGGGCAACUUUGCUCAUCUGGCAUGGGGUGCCUUGAGUCUUUGCAGGGAACAAUGAAAUCUCAAGAAUUUCAACACAUUCUGGAGCGAAACGUACUGCCCAGUGUCAUAAAAUUCUGUUUCAGUCACAGGUCAUACAUCCUCCAAUAUGAUAAUGACUCAAAACACACAGAUAAAAGCACCCAAGAAUGGCUAAGAACAAAACAUUGGAUUGUUCUGAAAUGGUCUUUUAUAAGCCUUGAUUUAAAUCCCUUCAAACAUCUAUGAAAAAAAAAAUUAAAAUGCAGUUUGGAGAAGGAACCCUUCAAACCUGAUACAGCUGAAGCAGUGGGUCAAACUACCUGUUGACUGGUGCAGAAGUCUCACUGAGAGCUACAGGAAUUGCUUAUUUGCAGUGAUUGCCUCUAAAAGUAGUACAACAUAAUAUUAGAUUAUUGUCUCAUCAUUUUUGUCCAUGCCAUUUUCAUUUGUGUUAUUAUUUGAAAUAUUCUCAUGAAUCAAAACUCUCUAAAAUAAAGUCUGAUUUUUGUUAAAUAUAGAAUAAUCAAUGAUAGGUGCAAAUUACUUCUGUCAAUUUCAAGUUAUUUCAGAGACAAUUAUGGGUUCUUCUUUUUACAUGGAGAGGUGCCAACAAAUUUAUAUGUCUGUGUCGAAAAAUCUGUAUCCUUUAUGUACUUUAAUAAACAUGUAGUGGUUAGCGUGUUGUUGGUAA